AUGUUUUAUUUCUUGUUUUUCACGUGUUAUAGCCAAGAAACGAUCACAUACUGCUAUAGAGGGACAGCAAAUCAUACAUGCAUGAAUCCUUCUGCAGAAAUAUUGAAUUCUAGCGAAGAAUUAUCGAAUUUAGUUCUUUCGAGCUAUGAGGAAUAUGACAUUGAGAUAUAUAACGAAGGAGAAGCACCAUUUGAAAUAUCUGCAAUAACUGUUGCUUCUCAAAACGUCGAAAUUCAUGGCUCCGGAAAAACAACAAUUAGUUUUAUUUCAGAAUUGACUACAGUAACAAUAGGAAGACUUAGUUUUAAUAAUGUAAAUGUAACAUUUAGCUAUGCUUCUGGACCAUCAGCCUUUAUUUUCGAUGAGGGAGAUUUUGAAGCAUUUAAUUCGACAUUAUUAGGCAAGUUUUCAAUUCAAACUAAAAAUUGCAUUGGAGACAUGAUUACAUUAUCAAAAAUCGGUAAAAUAGAAUCCGAACACGUAGACAUUUACGCAAAUGAACCUUAUUAUGAUUUCGCACCAAAUCAUUACGCAAUUCUUCAAUUUGGAAGUCUUCGAAAAACUGUACACGUACACGGAUUUACUCAAGAUACAUUUGCUACUUUAACAAAUUCUGAAUUAAAAAUUAAUUUUGUGAAAACAAACGCGACAUUACAUUUAAAUAAUAGCCAAUUCACAAUCAUUACAACUCAAAACAAUACAAUGAUGCUCAAUAGAAUGGAAGCUUCUUCGUAUCUCUCAGAAAAUUUAGUAUUAGUUAUUAAUAACGGCGCAAAAGUCAAAUUUAAUGAAUAUUCCAAUUUAUCUAUGCCAAUUAAACUUGAAUCAACACGUGGAGGAAGCAUAGAGUUUUUUAAUAGCAUAAAAAUACAAAAUCUUUUUGUUAUGAUUGGAAAAUUUUCUAUUAAACACUCCAGUAACAUGACAAUUCAAUCAGUAUCAUUAAUCGAGUCCAGUUUAAUCCUUUCUGCAGGAGAUUACGAUCCUGUAUUUAAUUCAAUUGUUCUUACAGGAAAAUCACUGAUUUCUCGGCCAUCAACAACAGGAAAAUUAAAUAUUGCUGAACUGCAUAUGAAUGAUGUUCCAAAUAUCAAUCCUUUAAAAGAUUUUUAUCUAUAA